AACGCGCCCAUUACCAUGGAGAAAGCCUCAACCCAAGAUGACAUCAUAGCAGCAGGAUUGAAGCACGAGGAAUUCAACGAGGUAAUGCACUCGUACGUCCUUAUCACAACACGGGAAGUGCAUUGUCCAACGGGGCAGGAGAUAAUCGUUUGCUGCUGUUUUAAGCAGUCUGCCUUCAAACGGGGUUACUACAUUUCGCAACCGGCGACAGAGUGGCAGAGAGAUCAUAUGGCUCCGGUAUACUGGACUAGCGCAUGUACGAGUAUGCCAUCAAUGUUCACCUUUACUACGUUUCGAGGAGGUUUUUCCGCAGUUGUCGAAGACUCAGUCCGUACUCCUCGACCUACGUCCACGCUUACAUGUUUCCCUGUGCAGCAGGUCCAGCUUCACGUUCACCUGGACGGGCAUCUGAGGCAUUCCACCAUAUGGGAACUUGAAAGCAAAAAGAAGUUGGGCCUGGGCUACCAAAGUGUGGAAGACAUUAAGCGUAAAACCAAGCCAUCUGAAGGAACAACAUUGAAAAACUACCUGAAAGAGAUGCCAAGAUAUCUGAGGCUCCUUGUAGGAGACCGAGACGCCAUGACCCGGGUAGCUUACGAGGCCGGUGUGGAUCAAGCAAAAGACGGUAUCAUCUACAGCGAGAUGCGGAUCUUCCCUUACAUGAUGGCAACCGACCAUACUCACCUGCAAGGAUACACCGGCGCCCCGUCGACGUUGAAAUCGCCGAGUGACGUCAUUCAGGCGAUUCUGAACGGGUUCAGGAAAGCGGAGGCAGAGUACGACACCAAGCUGAGGCUCAUUUUAGCAUGCUUCAGAGACAAGCCUGAAUGGUCGCGCGACAUUCUGUCCCUGGUUGACGAGUUCAAGAACCAGGGCGUAGUUGGCAUCGACGUCUGCGGUGUCUUCAACAGUAAGCCCACAGAGAGGGACGGAGAAGAGAUACUAGGCCAGGAAAUCAUUGAAACGUUCCAGGAGGCCGAGAAACGCGGCAUCCACCGGACGGCACACGCGGGUGAAGCUGGGCCUCCACGCAACAUAAUACGUGUCAUCGAAGAACUGAAGACCGAACGUGUCGGUCAUGGAUACUCUGCAAUCGCGGAAGGCGGCGAAGCUUACAAGCUGGCACUCAGCAAAGGAAUUCACUUUGAACAGAAUUUCAGCAGCAGCUACUUGACCGGAGCAGCCAAGAAGGGCCAGCCGCACCCCAUAUUUAGGUUGAUUCGUGACAAGGCAAGCUUCUCGAUCAACACGGAUGACCCCACCAUCACUCAGGUUACUAUGGAUCACGAGUACAAGCUCCUAUGCUCUCUUGGUGCCACGGUCAAUAAUAUUAUUGACUCGAACUUGUCCGCGAUCAAAGCAUGCUUCUUGCCUCAGGAAGAAAAACGGGAACUCCUCGAAAAAUUCAAGAGACUGAACGGCCUCUGAACUGAACUGAACGCCGCAUUCGGGGGGACUGUCGUGGCAAAAGAGCCACGCGAAAUAAAAUCGCACCUCUUGACGCAA